UGAAGCUGGAAGCGAUAUCGAUAACAGUGAUAAUUGGACCGUAAGCAGCGACCGCAGUCAUGGCAGCGACAGCAACCACAACAGCAGAAACUACAAUGGCAGCAGACAAUCCGACAAUGGCAACACCAUCAACGACAAAGUCGGUAACCACAGCAACAGAGCCACCGUCAAUUGCAGCAGCAAUGCGAAACCUCGUUACCGAGACGAUGACCAGCUCCAGAGCAACAACAACGCUACUAAAGGCAACAUCCCUUCCAAUGUCAAUGUCAAAAUUUCAGAAUCCCCCAGCAUUGAAAAAAGGAUCAGAGUUAAGUCGACAGACAGCAAGAGCAAGAUCCGUGUGAAAGAAAGCAAAAGCAAGACCAGAGCCACUUUGAACGCCGUCGUGAGCAAAGUGAGACAGGAUAAAAGCAAAUUUAAAAUAAGUAAGAGCAAAAUAGACGUUGGUGCCCACCGGCCCGACUAUGGCUGUGCUAGUAAGAUCAGAUAUACGGAGCAAAUGGCCAGAGCAAUUCACAAGGUACAUCAACAGAUACGAAACAGCCUCCAUAUGAUGUUCAUUUUGUCUAGCAAAGGUUAUAAAGAAUCGGUCAACUCUCUUCAUAAACACUUUGAGAAAUAUCCAGCUUUGCUGACCACUUCUUACUCUGUCAUGACGAACCCAUCAUUGUCGACAAAGGCCUAUCAAGAAAUGAUCACACAAUGGUUUGAAGAAGACAAUACACAGCAACUCUUCAUUAAACAUGUGACCAACUUUGAGGAGCACAACACCAAGAUCGAAGUGUCCACGGCUGCACUCACCUACCUGCACAAGACUUCACAGACUGCACUGAGGAAGCAAUAUUUGUGCAAAAACGGCAGCUUCCCUUACUUCCCGUUGCAGUAUGUCCGUGAGAUGGUGUACUUGUUUCACAAGAUUACUGACGAGAUUGUCGAGAAAGAAACGAAAAAAUUGUUAAACUUUGGAGGUGCCGUUGGCAAAGUGAACGAGGCAAUUGGACGGAUUGACGGCUUCAAAAUGACUCUCAACAACUUGGUACCCCAGUACGACAAACAAAUGGAGCACGUCAGAAUCUUGGCAAGUGACAUUAAGCAGCUGAGACAGUUGUACGGAGAGGUGAAUUCAGAAAUGAAAGAUUGUCGAAAUACGCUAGUUGAUAUUGAUAAAGAAAUCGUUGAAUUAAACAGAAUGAUUGACACAAUGUUUGCUGGUCUGAACCCCAUUUUCCAAGCUGCUGUGGCCACGUUGCAGUCGAUCAACAAAAAAGCAUGGCAGGAAGUGAAAAGCUAUCGACAACCUCCAGAACCAAUCAAAGAAGUACUAAAAGCUGUCUGUCUGCUCUUCCAGUGUCCACAAAAUUGGGAAGACGGCCAAGUUCUCUUGGUUGACUCAAAUUUCAUCAACAACCUCAUUUACUACGACAAAGAGCAAAUUACCGAUGAAAUGUUUGCAAGACUGAAAGGUUACUUAAGUAAUCCAAGUUUCACUAGCAAAACCAUGAUGCAAUACAGUUUGGCAGCGGUCUCUAUACUGGAGUGGCUGAAGGCGAUAUACCGUUACUGUCGGGCCAAGCAACUGUCUGCUCCGUACAAAGAGAUGGUGGAAAAGUUGAAAGAAAAACAGAUUCAGAUCAAAGAACGUCUUGGAGAGUUACAUGGAAUAUCCUCACUCUACAAAGUUCAGCUGAAGGAAGACUUGCAGGGUUACCGACUCGUCAUGAAAAGGGCCAAAGAUCUCGACGGACAAAUUCAGGUGAUACAGAAAAAAGUUUCCGAAGCUUCUCACCUGGUGGGGAAUAUCUCGGAACAGCACCACAUGUGGCAGUCCGAAGUUAGCAAAUCCAAGAUGAACCUUCGUACUGCGUUUGGAGAUGGGAUGCUUGCAGCAGCCUCCGUGAGUUACUUGGGAGCAUUCGAUGACCAGACAAGGUCUAAGCUUCAAGAAGAAUGGAUACAGCAUUUUGAUCAGCCUACCUUUGAGAGCAGCUCACCAGAAAUUCUCCACCCGGAAACCCGUAGCGUGUCGGUGGACGCGUUACCAUCGAGGAGACUGUCAACGUCUCUGUCGAGGUUACGUUCGACUCCUAAUAUGUACAAUGCCUCACCGUCAACAUCGUCGGCUGUGUCAGUGCCGACGACAAGUCAAGAAGUGAUGCCACCUCGUAGACAGGUCACGUUCUCCAUACAAAAGUACAAUCCAAUGAUGGAGGGCAACGAGUUCGUUUACGGCAAGAAUGUAAUUAACGAGAAAGACGAUAAUGAUUACGAUGAAAUGGAUGACAAAAUGAGCAGCCGUUGCGACAACGAACCGUUUCUUUUGGUUCGGUCGGCGUUCUGUCUGCGGAGCGUUCUCAGCAACUACCAGGAACUCAACGACUGGAAAAUGAACAUGAACAUAAAUGACUCUCGGGCCAUUCAAAAUGCUAUUAUAAUGAAUACAAACUUGCAGCACCAUCGGACAUUUUGGCCCCUUCUUGUGGACCCGGACAAACAGGCUGAAGUCUGGGUAAGAUAUCUGCAUAUAAAUGCACCGAAGCCCAAAGCCACUAAACCCAAAAAGUCCGGUCAGUCGAGUAAGCCCUCAAGCCGGUCACCGUCACCAAGUGCAAGCAAAACAAGUCUAAGAAGCAGCUCCAGGGGCAGCUCUAAGAAAAAGUCUCUGCGAUCUUCUACACGCCUCAGCUCCUCGACAUCUCUUGUAGGGAUUCCCGCAGACAUGGUUCCACCCCAUGAAAGGUUUUUGUUCAUAGAAUCUGAUGACACUAAACUGGAGCAGAAGAUACGGAAUGCAGUAACAAAUGGUCUCGUUGUAAUGGUGACCCUUGUAGAACACCUUCCUCUGAAUCCAUUCCUGAAGUUGUUGGUGUCCUGCCACGAGACGAAAACAAUGGGAGACGGCACCAAAAUUCUUGUAUUUGAGAAUACAAAAAUAGUUUGCCAUCCACUCUUCUAUAUGUACCUUAUUCUACCAAUUCCAUUCACCAUUUGUGGUUACAACUUCAAAGCCUUACCACUGCAGGAAUUGAAUGUUAUUGAUUUAUCGUUAAGCAACGAAGCCGUCAUGACCAAACUGAUGCAUGCCACCCUCAAAGCUGACCGUGGGGACUUUGAGCAUCAGCGAUUGGCCAACGAAAAGGACAUCUUACAACGCCGACAGGAAAUGUUCAAUGAAUUCGCUUUAUUCAGAGAGAAAACCAUGAAUCUGGAAGGUCCCCUUAUUGAGGACAAAAACAUACUGGAGUCCCUGCUGGCCUGCAACAGAAAGAUGGAGAAGAAUCAGCAGAUCAUCACCGAGACAUGCAACAGUGAUGAUGAACAGCUGAAAGAGUUGUGCCUACCCUACGCCCCCAUGGUGAAAAAAGCAGCCAUCAUCUAUGCAGCGUUUGAACACCUGCCCAAAAUGAACGAAUGCUAUUUCAUCUCAUUCGAAAUGUUCCUGAAGAUAUUUGUAGCAGCGCUUCGUCGUUGUGACAGGGGUUUCAGCGCCCAGGAAAUGAAUUUAAGGGCCAACGAACUGUCAGUGGUGACCACAACAGCCAUAUUUGAACACCUGACACGGAUGAUGUUUGAGCAACACCUUUUGUUAUUUUACCUGCUUGUUGUGUUGGAAACAUUUAAUUUGUCCGGUGCAGCAACCACUGAAGAGAUCGGUGUCUUUUUGUAUGAAUUCAAUUCGGAAGAUUUAGAGGCCAUUGAAGACGCACUUCCUGACAAACCCAGAUGGAUCACAAAAGAGGGUUGGCUGAAAUGCUUCCUUCUGGAGAAAUCAAUCGAUGUCUUCUCGGACCUCCUCGAAUACUUGACCGCUGACCAAGCGGACAAAAAGUGGCCAGAAUAUUUUAAGAAUCCCAGUGCUCUUGUGAAUCAAGUUCCCGAAGAAAAUCUUAAAGACUUAACUGUGUUCCAAAGAGCGAUUCUCUGGAAGUUCUGUUGUCCGGAGAGACUCAGUGAGGUCUGCUAUACCUUAGUAAUCAGUCAACUUGGCAACGUGAUUCCGACGAAAGAAAACUACAACAUCCGAGACGUCUUCACUUCCACAAACAACACCUGCCCUGCUCUGUUUCUGCUACCCUCACCUGGAGGACACAAAGACUUUGAUGGAAGCGAAGGUUGUCUGUAUGCCGACCCAGUUCGAGAGGUGAAACGACUGGCCAAAGAGCUGAAGAUAGGUCGCUAUGUGUACGUGGUCAACUGCUGCGACCAGUUGAACGUGGAAUCGCUGCUCCAGUGUGUGGACGACUGCUACAGGAAUGGUUACUGGUUGGUCCUAAACAACUACCACAUGACCCCAGAAAACAUCCACAACGAACUCCUUUCCGUCUUUCAGCUGAUUCUGACCACGUAUAAAAAGCAAAAAGAAGAUUCCACAGUGACGCCACUACAGACUGAUUAUCUGAGUGGUGAGGAGGAUAGAGGGGAAAAUUUUCGACUGUGGGUCACCUACACCCUCCACCAGGGACACCAAGUACCUCCAGCCAUGCUUCUUCAAAACAGCAUAAGGGUGUCUUGUGAGACGGUUCCAAAUUUCCUGUCCAUCCUCACAAAAUGCCACAGGGCAGUAAACUUUCUGCUUCGGAACCACAAAUAUAACCAGAGAAACUUGUAUAAAUCUAAAAGCCAUGUGACACCAUUUUCCACUUAUACCUUUGAUGUUGCUGGUUUUGCCACCAUUCAUGCCAUUCUCCUGCAACAACAAUGCUGCGCCGUUCCCAAGAAGUUCCCUGGACCAACGCCUCCUGUCCACUGGUCACUGCUGGAUAUGGCAGCAAUGGUAGACCUCGCCAAACCAUUCCUUCCGUUGAGCAAUAUAUCGAUUAUUAACAAGCUGACAGCAUUGUUUAGCUCGGCUUAUGCAGGUCAAUGUACCACCAUCUACGAAGUGGACCAUAUUCAGGCCGUUAUCAAGGACAUAUUAACCGUUUUCUACCUUACUAACCAGCAUGUUCCGAAACCGGAGGAGACCAGCAAAGAAAGCAUAGAUAUAUUCAUGGAGACGACAUCUGACAGCCAAACCGAAGUGCCGUUGUAUCAGAGUUCGUUGAUGCCCUCACUUGUGUCGGCAAUGAUCAAGGCUAUCAUUGAGGGCCUCGUAGCUGAAACUCCUUCCAUCAGACGAUUCAUUCACAGCCCUUACUUGCAAGACACCAUUGCUAACAGCAACGGAAUCACGGACGUCGUGUGCCAGCUCUUUGGCAUGCCAGCAUCGGCGCGGGGCAACUUGGUUUGCCAUCUCAGCAGGUUACUCAUGGACCAAAUCUCCAGAAUCACUUACUGGGAAGACUGCCAUAUUGUCCGGAGGAGAUGCCAAGCUGGAGCUUUCCAUAAGUCUCUAGAUGAACUGAUUGAGAGGUUAAGUGACGUCCUCAGUACAUGCCCAGGAGUGGAACCAGCAGAUGUCACUACUCUGUACUGUCUCUAUCCAGAUGAAAACCUCAUCAAACUCGAAAUGCAAAGUUUUGUAGAGAUGCAGCAGCAGAUGGAGAAGCAUUUGGCCAUUUUGAGAAAAUUCAUCAACAAGGAGAUACUUCUCUGCGAAGAGUUACAUGAGGUGAAGAACGAUCUCAUCGUUAAUAAAGUUCCGAAAUGCUGGCUAGAGAGGACCUACCCUACAGAAACCAGCCUCACAGACUGGAUAGAAUCUUUCCAAUUGAACUUUGCAAAGAUGCUGUCUUUCAGCCAGGAUUACACAGUCUUCCAGAAGCACGACCUCAACAUCUUCCUCCGCCCCGAUCGACUGAUCUACGCUUAUCUACAGACGUACACACGGAAAACCUUCAAAGAUGUCUCCAAUAUUGAACUCUAUGCUACGAGAUAA